AUGGGACUGCUCGAUCAUGUCAGCGGCGCUGUCUCUGGCGCCAAGUCGCACAUCAAACCUUCCAAGGAGGAUCGUCCUCCCGAGGGUGCCUCUGCUGAUGACACCGAGGAGCUCGACGAAGAAGCUGGCAAUAUCCUAAUGUCGCUCAUCGGACAGCUCCGCAUAGGUAUGGACCUGUCCAAGGUGACACUACCCACCUUUGUGCUUGAACCUCGAUCCAUGCUCGAGCGAAUCACCGACUUCAUGUCACAUCCCGACCUUAUCUUUGGUGCGGGCAAGAUUGACUCGCCCGAGGAGCGCUUCCUCCACAUCACACGAUACUACCUCUCCGGUUGGCAUAUCAAGCCCAAGGGUGUCAAGAAACCAUACAACCCCAUUCUGGGCGAGUUUUUCCGUUGCACUUACAACUACAACGAUGGUACGAAAGGCUACUACAUUGCUGAGCAAGUAUCGCACCACCCACCGAUCAGCGCCUACUACUACGUGUCGCCCGAGAAUAACUUGCUGAUUUAUGGCGAGCUCAAGCCCAAGUCGAAAUUCUUGGGUAACUCGGCCGCUACCAUAAUGGGCGGCGAGAACCGCGCGGUGCUGCUUGAUCGUCAAGACGACGGCGAGUACCAGAUUUCGAUGCCCAACAUGUAUGCGCGCGGCAUCCUCUUCGGACGCAUGGUGCUCGAGCUCGGUGACACGAGCAAGAUUCGCAACGAGGCUAACGACCUCAGCUGUGACAUCGAAUUCAAGACGAAAGGUUACUUCACGGGAACCUACAACGCCAUCGGUGGCAAAGUGACCAAGGGAAGCAAGACAGUGGGUGAGAUCUCGGGUAAAUGGAACGAGUCAAUGGAUUACAAAGAAUCGAGCUCGGGCAAACAGCAAGAGCUCUUCGACGCACGCAAGGCCACCAUCGUUCAGAAGGAGGUGAUCCCCGAGGACCAACAAGAGGAGAACGAGUCGCGUAGAUUGUGGAGCAAAGUCACAGAGGGAAUCAAGGAGAAGAAUCUCGACAAGGCCACCGAAAACAAAUCCUCCAUCGAGGAGAAGCAGCGUGCGCUCGCAAAGGAAAGGGAGGAGAGCGGAGCUACGUGGGAGCCUCGAUUCUUUGUGCAGAAGGGCGAAAAGUACUAUCCCAAGAUCGACGCUUUGCCUUCCGAGGAGUACAGGCCACAGGUGGUGGUAGAAUACUUUUCCAAGUUCACUUAG